AUGUAUCAAAGACUCCUAAACCAACUCCUAACAGGACUUAUAUCUCUAACACUCCUGAUCCAAACAUAUGCAAUCCCAUCUCAUCCACACGCGAAUUUCCUUCCAAAUCCAAACCUCCAUCCACCCCGCCAGAAAGAAACCACCUACCGAAUUCCUAGCAAAAUCCAAACCGGCACUGCAACCGCCCGCUUCAACAUCGCAUCCCCAAACAAAACCCUCUCAGACACUUCCAUCCUCGCGCUAGACAGCCCCCAAAUAUCAAAAGUGACUUCCACGUCUUUCGACUGGUGGUACUUCGAUGCCGUCUCAACAACAACUCCAGCAGAGUCCUUGACGAUCAUCCUAUUCACGUCCGCAGCGAGCGCAUUUCCAUGGCUAGAUUCUAGUGAAUCGUCUGUGUUGAUCGCGUACCUGUGGGCGGCGUUUGCGAAUGGAUCCGUGUUUCAGGAGUAUGUUCCUGCGAAAUUAGCUGUUGUUGAAGAGGGGCCGGCUGGGAAGGGCUCUGGUGCUUGGGAUGGGAGUGGGUUUCAGUGGGUUGCUGGAGAUGAGGAUUCGAAGUAUAGUGUUGUUGUUGCGUCGGAGGAAAUGGGUGUCUAUGGAAGGUUUUCGUUGAGCUCCCAACAUAAACCUCAUUUACCGUGUGGUAUUCAGGAAAGUACAUCGACAUUAGAGAUAAUGCCGGAUAUUGGUUGGGCGAGUCUUGUUCCGGAUGCUUUAGCCACUGUGGAUAUGAAUAUUAAGGGAUCGACAUUGAGUUUCCAGGGACGCGGGUACCAUGAUAAGAAUUGGUCAAAUCUCCCUUUCACAGAAAGCGUCCAAAACUGGUACUGGGGCCACGGCCGCAUCGGAGACUACUCUAUAGUCUGGUUCAGUGCCAUCGCAAUGGACAACAUCACCUACACGAGCAGCUACGUCGCUCGAGAUGACCAGGUCCUUGUAUCUUCGUGUGACACUACGCUCCUCACAGUUCGUCCAGUGAGUGGUAAUGUGACUUCCAAUCCGACUGGGGGACGAUAUCCGCCUCAGGCAGGAGAUAUUCCGGACGGGUUUACCAUUGAGGCUUCUUUGGGUGAGGAGGGUUGGUUGAAGGUUAAUAUUACGAUUGUCACGCUUGUUACUGGGGAUGGGGAGUACUAUAUGCGGUGGUCUGGGGAGUUGGUGGGGAGUGUUGUCGACACUGAGGGAAUGGUGACGGAUGCUGGGAGUGGAGUUGCUGUUUUUGAGCAGUUCGCUUUGGUUGAGUAA